AUGCCGACCACUCCAGACUGGGUCAAAGCCCUCCAGCCAUCGGGACCUCAAGGGACCGAGCUUCUCGCUCAGGAGAGAGCAAAGUCCAACCUCAAUGUCGACCAACUUGCGACGUUCAUGUUCACAGACGAGGCUCUCCGACGCAACGAGAGGAUAUUAAACAUCCUCAAGAACGAUCCCGUCUUCGACAAAACCCAAAACUACUUCCGUGGCCGCGAAGCCCGAAUCGAGACGGCGCUGGCGAGGGGCAAAAGGCUCUUCCAGCUGAACAAGGAGCACCAAUGGUCGCAGGAUGAAUAUAUGGCUGCCAACGACCUGAUCGCCGAGGCGACACCUUACGGGAUGCACGCGAGCAUGUUUCUCGUUACGUUGCGCGAGCAAGGCACUCCAGAACAACAUGAGCUUUUCCUCAAGCCGGCACUGGACUACGAGAUCAUCGGAUGCUAUGCCCAGACCGAGCUUGGCCACGGCUCCAACGUGCGAGGCCUGGAGACGACGGCCACCUGGGACCCCUCCGACAAGACCUUCGUUCUGCACUCCCCGCACCUGACCGCCUCGAAGUGGUGGAUCGGUUCCUUGGGCAAGGCCGCAACGCAUGCUGUCGUGAUGGCUCAGCUGGUCCUCAACGGCAAGAAUAUUGGACCCCACCCUUUCGUUGUCCCUAUCCGCGACAUGAAAACCCACGAGCCUCUUCCAAACGUUCACGUUGGCGAUAUCGGCCCCAAGUUUGGCUUCAACACCAUGGAUAAUGGUUUCCUGCUUUUGAAUAAUGUCAAGGUCCCGCACAACCACAUGCUUGCCCGUUUCUCGUCCGUCGACCCGAAUACGAGCAAAUAUAGCAGGCCGGCGAACCCCUCGCUGAUCUACGGCACUCUUACCUGGGUCCGAUCCAACAUUGUUCUCCAAUCGGGCUCUGUGCUCGCCAAGGGUGUCACCAUUGCCACCCGCUACUGCGCCGUCCGCCGCCAGUUCCAGGACCGCGAUGCCCCGGCCAACGAGCCGGGCGAAAACCAGGUCCUCAACUACACCAUGGUGCAGAUCCGCCUGCUGCCAUUGCUUGCCGCAACGUUUGCCCUCCACUUCACCGGCCGCGGCAUGAUCAGCCUUUACAACGAAAAUCAGAAACGCAUGAGCGCCCUGGCAGGCAAGGUUGGCGAUGGGAACCGCAAUCCUGGACCUGAGGAGCUGAACCCCGGCACGGACCUUCUCGCUGACCUCCAUGCCACUUCGUGUGCGCUCAAGGCCUAUGGCUCAACCGUUGCAGGUGAGGGUCUGGAAAUUUGCCGUCGUGCUUGCGGUGGCCACGGUUACUCCUCCUUCAGCGGUAUCGGGUCAUGGUAUGCGGACUAUCUUCCUACACUUACGUGGGAGGGAGACAACUACAUGCUUACCCAGCAAGUCUCCCGCUAUCUUCUCAAGUCCGCCCGCUCUGUACUGAAAGGCAAUUACGGCAACAACGACACCACGCGCAUUCUCUCCGAGUUCCUCCGCCGGCGCGACAUCGGCGCCGCCUUCGACGUUCUCGACUCGGACGAGGACCUCGUCGCUGCCUUUGCCUGGCGCGUCUCUUUUCUGACGUUCGAGGCACUCCGUCAUAGGGAUGAAGACAAGCAGUCCUGGAACAGUCUGCUUGUCGACUUCUGGCGUCUCAGCACGGCGCACGCGCAGUAUAUGGUCGUCAAGAACUUUUACGAAGCGCUCAACGACAAGGCCACGACCGAGCAGCUCGACAAGGACACAGUCGGCUUGCUGCAUAAGCUCUUCAGGCUAUAUGCCUUGAACACGCUCGAGCAGGAGGCCAGUGAGUUUUACAGCUCGGCGGCCGUUACAGUUCGUCAGAUCACGCUUGCGAGGACAAAGGCGGUCAUGACUCUUCUGGAAGAGAUUCGCCCCCAUGCCGUGCGUCUGGUUGACGCCUGGAAGUUCGACGACUGGGUACUGGACAGCAGUCUGGGCCGCUACGAUGGCAAGGUCUACGAGGAUAUGUUCAAGCGCGCUAGCGAGGACAACCCGCUGAACAGCGUAGUUUUUGACCCGAACCCGAACAGUAAGGUUUUGUUCAAGAAGGAUGAGAGAAAGAACUUGAGGAGCAAGCUCUAG